AUGAUGAUAUCCAAUCUUCUUCCGGAUUUGUUAGAGGAUAGGGUUCCUGCGACGGAUCUGAAACGGCUGCGACCAACUUGCAAAAGAUGGAACGCUUUGUUCAAGGACCGAGGAUUCACCAAGAAACACCAUCGUAAAGCUCCAAAGCAGUCUCUACUUCUCAUGUUGAAGGAAUUUAGGGUUUUUCCAAUGAGCGUUGAGAUAAAUCUCAGCGAUCCAUCUAUAGAGUUUAAGGGUGCACUUGCCCUAAUGGAUUUUUACCACUCUGAUUCACGACAAGUCGAUAUAGUCCGAGUCUUUCACUGCGACGGUUUGUUGUUAUGUACCACAAAGCACAACAGACUCGUGGUUUGGAAUCCAUGUUCAGGGGAAACAAAAUGGAUCCAUGCCAAAACUCGUUUCGAGAACCACUCGAAGUUUGCUCUAGGAUACCAAGACAACAAAUCUUGUCGUAACUACAAACUCUUGACAUGUCGGGAUCAUUACGACACAAAUAGAGAGUUUGAAAUCUAUGAGUUUAUCUCUGACUCGUGGAGGGUUCUUGAUGGCGUCCCUCGAGACAACUUCAUACAUAUAUGUGGGGGAGUGUCUUUGAAAGGAAAUACUUACUGGGUUGCUUCAGAUAGAAAAGACUACAAGUCUAAAUUCUUACUCUGUUUUGAUUUCACAACAGAGAGAUUUACACGUUUGAGUCUUCCUCCAACUCAGACGAUGACGGGUACGAGUUUAUCUCUUGUUAGAGAAGAGCAACUCUCAUUGUUGCAACAGAGCUAUCUUCAAUUAAAGAUGGAGUUGUGGGUGACUAAUAAUAAAUUUGAUACUGAAGAACCAUUGUUGUGGAGAAGAUGCUUUACAGUGGAUUUUCAACAUUUUCCGCUUUUCAUGACUUUUUUACUCGAUGAGGAGAAGAAAGUGGCCGCGUGUUGCAGACAAAGUUGUUGGUACAGAAGGAACAUGGUAUACAUUAUUGGAGAAGACGAUGAAUGUUACACAGAAAUCCCUUUAGGUAGAUCUACAAACAAAGCAUGGAUGCCAUUUAUUUUCGAUUAUGUUCCAAGUUUGGUUCAAAUCCAGCAAUGUAAAAGAAAAGAAUGA